UAACCCCGCGCGCAUGCGUACGAGCACCCGCUGUAACAAUGAGAAGGGCCUAAAUUUGAUCAAAAGGAAGAAGGGGGUGAUGAGGAAAGACCCGUAUGGAAGUACACACUUGGUACUGGGAAAUAUACGAAGUGGUAGGAAGUUAAAAAGAAAGCUACUUUGGAAUAGUUACUACGGAGACCAAAACACAAACGUAUCUGAAUUAUCGUACAUAAAGGAAUUUGAAAAUAACUCCUUCAUGCACGAUAAUAAUCACCACAUGAUAGUGUACGAAAAUAAGUACCCAAAUUAUAGUGCACUAAGUAUGAGAGAAAACAAAAGUCACAAAAUAAAAAAUUUCUUUGUAUACUCUCCUGAUAUCAUCCAAAGGUGGAUAAGAGUCAUAUUUAAUAUCAUCAUAACAACCCUAAUAGUGACACUGAUUUAUUUUACAUUCGUGUCCGUUAGGGAAGACAUAAACAAGAAAGUAGCUAUUCAGAUGCAAAAUGUGAAAGAAGAAUCAGACUCGUGUAAGAAGCAAUACUAUGCUCAUAAAUGUGGUACAGUUAAUUUACCCAUCCUAAAUGACAAAUGUGAAGAAUGGCUAAGGUGUAUGAAAACUGAUCACAAAUUAUAUCAAGAUUUUUCUUUUUUGUCUGCUCAAAUGUUGGGACAACUUAUUAAUGCAUUUAUUGUUCAGUUUGAAUGGAAAAGUAUUUGUGUAAUUGCUUUUAUUUUUCUUUUAAUUUUUAUUGGUAGUAAUUAUGCCUUAUCUAUUGGUGGAGGAGUGGGGGCUAGAGGGAAUGGUAAUGAGUAUAACAUGUACAGUCCUCAUAUUGGUGUUCCUCCUGUGCACCCUAAUGGGAGUAUCCCUCCUUUCCCUUACUACCACUUUUACCCCUUCAUGCCACAUGGUGUGAAUUAUGGCGGAUCAAGUAACAACCCUGAUGUCCCAGUGAUGAAUAAUAUACCCUUUUCACAAAAUAAGUACUACUCAAGUGGCAGUGUGGGAAGACCUGGGGGGUACCCCCCAACAAAUUAUAGCUACCUGAAUCAGUACACGAACAACAGCGAGAAUAAUGCCUCCACGCAGUCCAACUCCAGGAAUAAAGACUACUCUGAGGUAUAUAAUGGUUCCUCCAAGAAGGAUGCCAAGCGUGGCUCCAAGAAAUUGGGCUUCCUCAAGUACCUCACUCCGGAUUUUAAGUA